AUGCCAUCUGUUGACAUAGAUGCAUACCUAGGCCCAGAAGCUUCUGCUCAUUCUGAUAUAUUGGAGCAACAAAUCUUGUCCUUGAACGACGAUUACCAACCAGACGACGGCUGCAGUGGCCUGCCAGAAGAACCCCCUUCGGAAGGUGACGAUUUUAGCUGGGAUGAGAUAUCUCGAACCACAAAUAAUCAUGAGGACACCACUAAACAACAUGAUACCAUCGGCAAUGUCAAAGAUGAAGAGGUUGUGGAUGGCAUGGCUUCGCUGACUGUAGAAGAACGAGGAGCUGGAUAUCUUGGAACGGCUUCUGGCGCUGCUAUGUUGAGGUUGCUGAUGCCUGAUAUAGAGCCGCGAGAUGCUGCUAGACAACGGCGAAAGACCCAUACAGAUGAAUAUAUCGCUUACGAUCACAAAGAUCUCGCCUAUGAAGAGCUUGGUCUAGCUGAUAUCGAUCUCGACUCCGCCAUUGACGCAUACUUCGCGUCUUACCAUUUACAAUAUCCGUUAGUGCACGAACCUACGUUCAGGGCACAAUACUCGUCAAUCAUACCUCGACCGAACGGGAUGGCUUUCGAGGCACUGGUCUAUAUGCUAUGUGCCAUCGGACUUUUCUCAACAGCGACUACAACGACUGAAAAGAACAACGAUGAUCUCAAACUUUUCGAGGCUGCCAAGUUGAAUAUCAAGAUUGAUGUGCUGGAGAAAGGCAAUGUCACUCUACUUCAGGUGCUAGCCCUGAUGUCCAACUAUCUACAGAAAAGGGNNGGAAAGCCAAAUAGGUAUGCAACCUCGAAAAGUGGUCUGAACACAACCUUCAAGUGGCAUACGUUCGUCUCGUCUACACUGUACUGA